AUGACUGCGCUGGUCACGUGGCGCGGUGGACAUUGGAGGCGGUGUUUAUCAGACUCUCCGCACUUGUUGUUGUUGUUGUUGUUGUUGUUGUUUUCUUCUUCUUCUCUCGCUCGUGAUGUUCCGCGCGCUGCUCUCCGUGAUUCUGGCUCUCUCUGCCGCCGCCCGGGUGUUUCCGCUGGUUCUGGUUCCGCCGCACGAGCAGGUGGCGCGCAUGGCCCGGUUUGUGGUGAGUAAGAGCGACUGGGCUUCAGUGGCGACGAUCUCCAGCCGCGAGCCGGUGCGCGGACAGCCCUUCUCCAACAGCUUCUCCAUCAGCGACGGGCCGCCGGGGGCCAGCAGCGGGACACCAUACCUGUACCUCACACACCUGGACAUCUCUGUGCAGGACCUGCAGGUGAACCCGCAGGUCUCUCUCUCCGUGUCUCUGGCUCAGAGCAGUUACUGCAGGAAUCACGGGUUCGACCCUCAGUCUCCUCUGUGUGCGCACGUCAUCCUAUCCGGAUCACUGCUGCAGCUGAAUGACUCUGAGGAGGUGUGUGUGGCGAAGCGUGCUCUGUUCAGCAGACACCCGCAGAUGCAGGACUGGCCCUCAGAUCACGGCUGGUUCUUCGCUCAGAUCAACAUCACUCAGGUCUGGGUGCUCGAUUACUUCGGUGGAGUCAAGACUGUCACGCCUGAGGAGUAUUACAGAGCCCAGCCGUACCACACACACACACACAGAGGAAGUGACACGCUGUGAUCUCCGCGCUCUGGAUCAGAGCCACUGAUGAGGGGAUUCAGACUCUGGAUUGAUCCACCAUUCUCAGGCUGAAGCUCUCCUGUGUGUGUGUGUGUGUGUGUGUGUGUGUGUGUGUGUAUAAGGUUUUCUAAGUUUGCAGAUGAUUUUAUUGACACUAUAUAAGAUUUCAGAUGUAAGAGCAGUCCUGAGGGUCACAGGGGUCAGUCCUGCGUGACCUCUGACCUCUGAGUGUGUGUUCUGCUCAGUGUGUGUGUGUCAGAUGAACUCCUGUACUCUUCUACUCAGUGAUUAUUGUUGGUGUGUGUUUGACUCUGUAAUGGCGGAGUGUGUGUGUGCAGUGAAAUAAAGCUCUGACGCAACAGA